AUGUUUCCCUUCCUGAGCUUUAACAUCACCGGCCUCAACCCCACGGCCCACUACAACGUCUUCGUGGAGGUGGUGCUGGCGGACCCCAACCACUGGCGUUUCCAGGGGGGCAAGUGGGUGACUUGCGGCAAAGCAGACAACAACAUGCAAGGCAACAAGGUGUACGUGCAUCCCGAGUCGCCCAACACCGGGGCGCACUGGAUGAGGCAGGAGAUCUCUUUCGGGAAGCUGAAGCUAACGAACAAUAAAGGUGCCAACAACAACAACGCUCAGAUGAUAGUACUGCAAUCUCUACACAAGUACCAGCCCCGGCUUCACAUUGUGGAAGUGACUGAAGAUGGUGUUGAAGAUCUGAAUGAUUCUUCAAAGACUCAAACGUUCAUUUUCCCUGAAACCCAGUUCAUAGCAGUUACGGCAUAUCAAAACACUGAUAUUACCCAGCUCAAAAUUGAUCAUAAUCCUUUUGCGAAAGGCUUCAGAGACAACUAUGACUCCAUGUACACAGCUUCAGAAAAUGACAGAUUAACUCCAUCUCCCACGGAUUCUCCUAGAUCCCACCAGAUUGUCCCUGGUGCCCGAUACAGCGUGCAACCCUUCUUCCAAGAACAGUUUGUCAACAACCUGCCCCCAGCCAGGUUUUACAACGGGGAGAGAACUGUCCCUCAGACAAACGGCUUGCUCUCCCCGCAGCAGAACGAAGAGGUGGCCAGCUCUCCGCAGCGGUGGUUUGUGACGCCUGUGCAGCAGCCCAGUGCCAACAAACUGGACAUGAACUCCUAUGAGACGGAGUAUUCUCCAAGCACCUUGCUCCCUUAUGGCAUUAAAUCCCUCCCCCUUCAGCCAUCCCAUGCUCUGGGAUACUACCCUGACCCGACAUUUCCGUCCAUGGCUGGCUGGGGGAACAGGGCCUCUUACCAGAGGAAAAUGACAACAGGAUUACCUUGGACCUCCAGAACAAGCCCUCCAGGUUUCUCUGAAGACCAGCUUUCCAAGGAGAAGGUGAAAGAAGAGAUCGGCUCAUCCUGGAUAGAGACUCCACCUUCCAUAAAGUCUCUAGAUUCAAAUGAUUCUGGGGUCUACACAGGUGCUUGCAAGAGAAGACGGCUCUCCCCUAGCACUUCCAGCAAUGAAAAUUCCCCGACUAUGAAAUGCGAGGACAUUAAUGCUGAGGACUAUAACAAAGACACUUCAAAAGGCAUGGGCUACUACGCAUUCUAUACUAGUUCUUAA